GGCGCAUUCGCCAAUAAAUUGUCACGUAAAGUACGUGCGUCGUGUAACCGUUAUUCGACUGAUCGCCGCCGGAUUGUUACCAUUGGAGAAGCCGGGGACGCCGCGCAAUCAAGCGUCGCGACGCUCACGCGAGUGGAGAUUGUGAUUUUUUAGUUUCGAGAGUGGUUUUUGUGGUGGAAAAGUGGACGUUUAUGUGAAUCUUUAUAUGCCUCAAGAUGAAAAAUGACGUCAUACAAAAUUGCGUUGCUGCUUUACCUCACGAGGGCGAUAAUGGCUACGCCCGCCAUCGAUUACGAAAAGAAAUCGCUGAAGUUUGAGGAGUACAUCGUCGAGCAUGACAUAUCGGAGGUGGAGGCGAAAAAAUCCGCCUUGGCGGGAGAUUUGAGGGCCAUAAUCGUACCAGCGGGCUGUCAAAACUGUACCAAAGAAGAAAUCCGCUAUUGUACAGGAUCGGACGUGAUCAGUGAUCAUUGUUGCUGUGAUAAAAGAUUUCGCGAAUAUUUGCCAUAUAUCCCACACACAUGCUACUUCGGUACCGAAUUAUGUACCACCAUAGCGUCCGAUUGUAACCAUUACAAUCGCUUAAGGGCGUGUUGCUGUGAUAAAUAUUUAUUGCAAAAAUGGAAAGAAAAAUACGGAUAUAAUAAGGCACGUGCUGCAAUCAUAUUGCCAUCGUUGCUCUUGUUUUUAAGCGCUGUAAAUAUGAUUGUUUAGCAGAAAUAGCACGUAGAAGCAGUAAAAUAUAGUUUGUGUUUUCAAAACACCGAAAAUAAGUGAAAUUUGACCUUAUUUUCAUUGUAAAUAGGGUUGCCAAGUGUAUGGGAUUUGAUAUUGAUGUUACAUCACCGAUGGGAACUUUUGGCAGUAUCCUAUAAUGCAUAGAACGAUAUAUUUCAGGAACAUUCAGCGAACAUCUGUGACAGUAAUUCCUGAGACAUUCACUAAAUUGUAAAAAUUAUAUGAAUUGGGAAAUGGUCCCUAGGUUCCUAUUUAUUCUGAUCGUAAAUGAUUUUUUAACACCUACCCUGAAAACCAUUUGAAUUUUUGAUUUUUUAUUAUCGCAAGCCCAGUCGUCGACGCGAUAACGAAACGUCUCAUUGAGCAAUAUAACUUUCUGAUCUUAAAUACGGGAUAGCCACUACGUUUCUACUUAGGCUGAUCGUAAAUGAUUGUUGGCGCACCUAAUCUUAAAAUUAUUUGACUUUUUAACUUUUAAUCGAGAAUGACAUGAAUAUUUUAUAAUCUUUCAUAGUAUUUUACCAACCCCGUGUAACAACUGGACCAAUCACAAGCCGAGUAGUCGGAAGUUAUAUCAAAGCGCCUCAUUAGGGUUCAAAACUUGGAUUAGAGGAUGCUCAAAUAACAAUAAUGACAUCUGACUUUCACAGAAAGGUGACUGAGUUUUGUCGACUGUACCCGAAGCCCUAUAAUUCCAAAAUUGAACCCUUGGCAACCCUAUUAUUAAUGUAAAAUGAUGUACUUAAGUUUGACGUUAAAAGCACAAUAAAAUAUAGUUCGUACCAAAAAUUGUAAGCAUUUUAUGGACAGUAUUACUUGUAAAGAUGCUUAAAGCUUUAUUUUAUUUAAGAAUAAAUUAUUAUAUAAAUAUAUAUUAUUUAUUUGAAUGAUGGAUUAAUAAAAUUUGCUUCUUUAAUGUU